UACUUUCUCCUGUAAGAGUGUAGCGUGGUAGAUUCGAAUGGAUAAUAAUUAUACCCCCAAUGACAAUGAACCGGAGAGACAAAAACGGUAGUAGACCAAAAUAGUUGAAAUCUCGCCGGCGGGUGAGUGGAACGUUAUUUUUGGCUCGACUGGCCCGUGCUACGUGUGAAAACAUAACGAGAUGGCAGACAAUGAGGCUAAUCCUGUAAAUGGAGUACUAAAAGGAAUUAAAAAAGGAACAACUAUCCUCACUGCGGAGCCCUUUGCAUUUGUUUUGAGUGAUCACCACAGGAAAGAAAGAUGUGAUCAGUGUUUCAAAAGCUGCAAAAUAUCAAGAUGCGCUGGUUGCCAAUACGUUUUUUACUGUGGACGAAAUUGCCAAAGAAAAGCUUGGCCCAUCCACAAAGUGGAGUGCCCUAAUAUCAAGAGGAUCCAUCCACGUAUACUUCCAGAUGCAGCUCGAAUAAUGGCGAGAAUAAUAAUAAAAUUGAGCCAUAAUGGAAAAGAGGAACAGGGAUUCUAUACACCGCAGAAAUACAGAGUUUUCCACGACUUGAUGUCACAUGUUAUGGACAUUAAAGAGGAUAUGAAGAAAAUGGAGCACUUCACCUCUCUGAGUAUAGUACUUGUUGAAUUUCUACCAAUGAAUAUAUUGCCAGAUGUCAAGGAAUUGCUGGGCAUAUUUGGACGCAUGAGUGUAAAUUCUUUUAAUAUUCUUGAUACUGAUAUGACUAGUUUGGGAGUUGGAAUAUACUUGGGACCAUCGAUUAUUGAUCAUAGUUGCAAACCAAAUUCUACCGCUAUCUUCGAGGGAACAACCCUUAUUAUACGCACACUUUGUGAUUUACCAGCUCUUGAUUGGUCUAAGAUUCACAUUACCUACAUCGAUAUACUAAAGGACACAAAAACAAGACGUGCAGAGCUGCAAAAAUCCUAUUACUUUUUUUGCGAAUGUGAGCGAUGCAAUUCUCCAGAGACUAUCGAAAUUGCCGCAGCCUGCCCGAAUAAAAAAUGUACAUAUCCGUGUCAAUCAACUGACGCCCAUUGCAUGAAAUGCGGUGAGGAGUUUCCAGAGUAUUUUAAAGAGCGUUUUGAUGAAGUCAGCGAACUGUCUGUUUUUCACCUGGAAAAAAUGGAAAAUACAGCAUAUUUGGAUGCAGCAAGAAUGUGCUUGGAAAAACAAGAAGGUGUGUUGCAUCCCUAUAAUCUUUUAGUAGUUCGAAUGUUGGAAAUGGCUUUGGCUGCUGCUAUGGAAUUGGAGCGAUGGGAAGAUGCUGAAAUGUAUGCCUCUCAAUUGACUGGUAGAUAUUUAUUUUACUUCGGUGAAACACAUCCAAUGACUGGGCAAGUACAUUUUGUACGAGCAAAAUUGCUCUCAUUCCAGAAGAACAGUCGUUUGGGCUUGGAAUAUAUUACCAAAGCUGCUGAAUUAAUAAAAAUUUCAUUCGGCGAUGAUCACUCAAAGAUUAAAAACGAAGUGAAGCCACUCCUUGAUCAGUUAUUAGCUGAAUAUCACUUUGGAAAAAAUGGUUACUAAUCAGUCAAUAUCAUAAUCAUCGUUAUCACAAUUCUGAAAUCAAUUGCAUGUGGAAAAACAGUAGAGACAUUUUGUAACUUGAACGUGUCGAAAUAAAAGUAUUUUAUUAUUUCUA